AUGCAUGUUCUAGGAGUAGGACUCGCCCUUGGAAUCAGCGGCCUUGCUUUGGGAAUGAUGCCUUCUCUCCGCGAGGCCUUAACACGUUACACGGGCAUUUCAGCCCCUGGCGGUGUCUGGCGCAUCCUGGCCAUAUUCUUUGCACUGCUGAGCAUCAAGAGUCUGCCAUUUGUCUGGCAUUUCCGCGUCUUCAAAAACCUCAUCUGGCACCUCUACCUCCAACCCACUGAACUCACCAGAGCCCAACUCUUCGCUCCCGUCAUCACAACUUCGCACAAUUCAAUCAGCGAAUGCGACUACAACUUCCACAAGAGCAACUCGACCUACUUUGCCGAUUUCGACGUCAGCCGCGCCGCCUGUGUGGGUGCUCUUCUCAAGAAAUCCCUCGCGCGCUUGAAUGGCGGAGAUCUCACCGAUCUACCUGAAGAAGCCAAGAAGGUCAAGGGCUCAUACAUCAUGGCUCUAGGAGGCGUCGGCUGCGUCUUCAGAAAAGAAAUCCCCCCUCUCGCGAAAUUCGAAGUCUGGACACGUUUGCUGUCUUGGGACGACAAAUGGAUCUACACCGUCAGCCACAUUGUCAAGCGCGGAGCAAAGAAACCCUCAAACUACUUUUUGCAAUCCUGGAGAAACGGAAAGGGUGGAAAGCAGCAGAUGAAGGAGGGAGACGACAAGAUCAAGAGCAUUUACGCCACCAGUAUUGCGAAAUAUGUGGUUAAGAAGGGACGAUUGACGAUUGCGCCCGAAAUUGUGCUUAGGAGAUCGGAUUUGUUGCCUGAACGGCCUGCCAAUCAACCUGCCGUCACUACGCAAGGCGCGGAUACACCUACGCCUGAGGGAGAGAAGCCAUACAUGUCGAGCCCGGAGAACCUCAUGACUUGGAAAGAGGUCGAGGCAAAGAGACUCAGAGGCCUAGAAAUUGCCCAGCACUUUGAUGGUCUGACUGCUCUGCAUCAAGAGUGGAAUAUGGACGACAAUGUCAUUGGCGAGUAUGGAGACUUCUUCUGGUGA